CGGUCUCUGUUAUGGUGCCCAGCGAGGACGCAGUCAACUCCAUGAACCAUGCCGAGUGCCAGUCGUGUUGGCGUCAACCUUCGGGCCUCAGCGUAUUUACACCAAGGUGACAGAAAGUAUAUGGAAGAUGAGUUUCAAGUGGCCUAUCAGAGAACACAUGACAAGAAAGAUAUUGAAUACGCGUUCUUUGGAAUUUUCGAUGGCCAUGGCGGGAAAGAAGCAGCGCAUUUCGCCAAAGAUAACUUGAUGGAUAAUAUUGUUAGCCUUCGUCCUUUUUGGUCCGACGACGACGAGGAUGUACUUGCUGCCAUCAAAGAAGGAUUUUUACAAACUCACAUGGCGAUGUGGAAAGUGUUAGAUCAGUGGCCAAGAACUGCUUCAGGAUGGCCGAGCACAAGUGGGACAACAGCAAGUGUAGCUUUCAUUCGCAGAGAAAAAAUUUACAUUGGUCAUGUGGGAGAUUCAGGAAUUGUUCUUGGAUGUGAAGACCCGAAUGGAAGUUGGCGUGGUGAAGCACUGACACGAGAUCACAAGCCAGAGAGUGUUGUAGAGAAAGCACGCAUUACAGAGUGUGGAGGAAAGGUUAUCAAUAAAUCUGGUGUCCCACGGGUAGUGUGGAACAGACCUAAAUCUGGCCACCAAGGUCCUGUCCGUAGGUCUACACCCAUGGAUGAAAUACCAUUUUUGGCUGUGGCACGGUCUUUAGGAGACCUUUGGAGUUAUAAUGCAACAAAUGACCAGUUUGUUGUUUCCCCUGAGCCAGAUGUCUGUGUCAUGCCUAUUGACAUAACCCGCCAUAGAUGUCUUAUAUUUGGCACCGAUGGUCUCUGGAAUGUCCUUACACCAGAUGCUGCUGUCAAUGUAGCUCACCAGGCAGAGAGAAACAAUGAAAAACAUUAUCUAGGUGUACCUAACUCUUGUGGCAAGCAACGGCUGUGGGUAAAUCCAUCUCGCUCUGUGGUGUCUGGAGCUCUAGGGCGUUAUAUCAAACUAAACCUUCGUGCAGAUAAUACAAGUGCAGUUACAGUCUUCCUAGAUCCCCCCGGACGACCAAAAAGAGAGGUGUUGCUACAACAGAAGGGAAUGAAGAAAGGGUCUCCUCCUAAACCCACCACCAGACUGCCAUCAACUGAGGAAGAUAGAAACAGAGAUGCUCUAGUUCAGGUUCACAUGUACAACCAGAGCCAAGCAACAAGGCAUGAAGGCAGCCGGGGUGUACUACGCAUUAAGGAACGCCUUCCAGAAAAAUGGCAGACCAGUCAACAAGACAACCAACAUGGUGUGCAGGAGGGUAACCGAGGGUGUACGGAUACUUUUCAGGAUUCGGGUUGUGGAAGUUGUGAUAAUAGUGAACCUGGGAGUAAUCAAACUGUGAUCAGUGCAGAAACAACUAAAGUGGGUUGUUCUGAAUGUGGAUGUGCUGGUGUACAUGCAGUUCCUAGUACUUCAGGUGACAAUUCAUCGGGUCAUAGUUCACAUAAUCCAACCACUAAGGUACUACCACCAACUACUCAGAAUUUACCUGCAUCAGCACCAUUUGAUAUUGAUAGUAUAUCUGAUAUUGUGUCAGAAAAUAGACCUGAAAGUAGAAAUAAAAACGGUCCUGAAAAUAGAGACGAAAACAGACCAGACAGUCGAUUAGAGAACAGACCAGACAGUCGAUUAGAGAACAGACCAGACAGUAGAUCAGAGAACAGACCAGACAGUCGAUUAGAGAACAAGGUAGAGGACGUUUCAGAAAGCAGGCCAGAAAUCUUAACAGAAAACAGACCAGACAACAGGACAGACGGCAAACCUUUGAGAGAUGAUAUACAAAUUCCAGUUGUGUCAAGCAGUACUAAAAGUCCAGGAACAGAUAAUAAAGGGAGAAAACACAGAGGAAUAAAUGGCAGAAUGAAAAGUUCAACAGGAACUGUUUCUACAGAAAAGGGUGAUAGCCGAAGGAGAACAAGAUCAAAUAUUCAUUUGAAUCUUGGAAUGGAGAGUGAGAAUAAAGAGCAAAAUCCUGUUGCUUCAAAUAACAAUAAUGAAUGGAAAGAAGAACAGCGUAAAGAGGAGAAGGCUGGAUCGAGUACCAAAGGUAGACAAGCACUAAGUAGUUCAACAAUGGACUCAUCCAAUCGUGUAUUGAAGUCAGUAAAUCGUGGUACUACAGAAACUAUAAAUCAAAAUUCUCCAAAAACAAUAUCACCUAAACGAAAACGAACUUCAGAUAUUGAAACUGAAUCUACAGAAGAACCUAUACCAAAAUCUGCUCGAGUUCAUACACGCUCACACACGUGGAGUCACAAACCUAUGAUAACUAGAAGUCAAGAAAAGACCCACAAAACUCCUACAAAACUAUUUACUACCCCAAAGAAGUGAGAGGAGUAUGAGUGAAAUUGUUUUACUAUUGACAUGGAAAAAUUUUAAGUCCAAAAAAUUGCUAGGCAAAAUUCCAUGAUAUAUUUUAACUCACAUUAUGAAAUUUUGACUGAUCUCAUGGAUUAGAUAAUGUGACUGUGCCCAACUCUUUGAGGUGCUAGAACUGUUGCCUGUUAUAAGCUAAUUGUUGACUAGGCAUUCUUCUUAGUGCUGUGUCUGUAAAUAUAGUUUUCCUUUUAUAUUGGAUAUAGAAUUAAGGUCGUGGCCCUGUAAUGUGUCGAGGGAAUGAGUUCUCAUUUUUACAGCACAUGUGAAUAAAGAUAGAGGUUUCUAUGCAGAAAUUAAGUUGAACUGUGUUAACACUUGUUUAUAAAAAAAAAGAACGUUGAUUAGGCAGGUGUCAGUUUCACAUGUGUGCAGGGGGGAAAAUGGAGUGCCUUUCAAUGCAGUAAAGACACUGGAAAGUUCAGUGAUUUGUAUGUUUGUUGGCUAAAAGUACAAUUUCUGGUUUUAAGUGUUUGUUUUCCAUAUGGAAGAGGGAAAGACAAAGUGUUAUAUCAGGAUGCUUUGAAUAUAGCUAACUGCUGAAGCUAUUAUUCUUUUAUCUUGAUAACAUUCUGUUUAUAUUUUUCUUGGUACAGUAUCGAUAAUGCUGUAGCUAAUAUUUUUAUAUAAUUCAUGGAAAAUUCCCAAAUUAGGUAUGGAUCAAAAGUUUGUUUACAGUAUAUGGUGGCUGCAGCUAAAGAAAAGACAGUUUUUUAUAUUACCUUAUUAUGCAUGCACUUUUAAAGCAGUUACCAAAUUUGACAAUGUGAUGUCAAGCUUUUGAGAGUAUUUAUCAAAAUGGGAAAUUUUUAAGUAUCAAAAAGUUAUAUUACAGACCUACCUUGAUUGAAUAUUUUAUGCAACUGAAAAUGUUCAAAUUUUCUGCUGUAUUUAUUUAAGGAUUUUUUUAUUUUUUUUAUUUGUAAUAUUUUAGGGGCACCACCUUAAUAAUUUGUUUGAAACCAAUUUUUUUUUUAAUAUCUAGGAGUUUGUUUUUUAUUGUUUAUAAAUCUGCAAUCUCCUGAUUUGUACAAGUUUUCCCCUCACCACUACCUACUGUACUGUAUGUGCUUUUUGUGUCUUCCUCCUAAAGUCAAUUAUAAUUCAGUGAUAAUUCAUUCUGUUUGCUAAAGGGGAAUGAGAAAAAUCUUUAUGCAUUGCAAGGUUCAUGAUCUCAAAAACUUUAUUAAAAUAUCCUUUAUAUUAAAUAAGUGGCAGAAAAGAGUAUUAAGGUGGUACACCUAGAAGAUGAUUUUACAUUUAUUAUUUUAUAGAUUUUAUGGGGUAAAAUUAAUGUUCUACAUUGUCUUUGUUUCAUGACUCGUAUGGUAAUACUGUACAGUAUACUGUAAAUCCAUCAAGUAGAGGUAAAGUAUUCUGUAGAAGACUAAAUAUCUUUGGCCAUCAUAGAAAGGUUCAGUGGUUUAUGGUGGGAGGAAAUAUCUAGUUUUCACUUGGUACUUGCCUCAUAAUGUGGAAUUUUCUGUCAUGUAAAUUUUAAACAGUAGUUUUGUUCAUGAUUCACCACUAUAUUCUGAACCUGUGUAAAGGUGGUAACAAAACUAUAGGACCAAGUUUUAGUGUACAUAAGCUAUGUUUAUAGCAUUUUUGCAUAAUUUAUGACAAUUUAAGAAUUUAGGCAUGAAGUUUUAGCAGUAUUAUUUAUCUGCUUGUACCUGGAUUUAAGGUAAAUGGCAUGCAAUCUAUUGUAGACACACAAGAUCACAGCUGCAACUUUUAUGAGUACAGUAUAUGUAUAUAUGUGUGUACAGUAUAUACUAUACUGUAUAUUUAUAUACUGUAGGUAUAUAUAUUUAUAGCAUAUGUAUA